UAUAAGUAAAAAUAAAUUAUAUACAUAUAUUUAUAUUAUGUUUAUUAAUACGUUUCUCUUUAAAAUUCAAUUCAGAAAAAAUUCGUCAAUUGUUCGUAACUCGAGAAAUAUGUUGGCAUAUCGAUAGUUUUAAUGGAGGAAGAAUCUGUUUCAAAUUGUUCAUAGAAUCUGUUGUUAAAAUUAAGCACAAUUAUCGUGAAACAUCGUGUAUAUUUACGAUAUAUGCAUAAUCGCGCAAUGAUAAUAUUUGCUUCUUUUUUCCUUUACACGCAGCUGUCUGCCGUUCUCGUUAAUGUAGCGCAUUUUUAUCGCGUCAUUAAAGUCUAUAUAUGAUGUUUGCGACUACGCAUUAUCAAAGUUGCGAUAUGCAUAUUAGCUGCGCAUACUUUUUUUUGCACGUAGAUACAGAGUAUGUUAAGUAUAUGCAUAGUGGAAUUAUAAUUUUCAUAUCAUAGUCUUACGUGAGUAUUAAUAGUGUUUUUGUGUUAAGAUUAAAAAGUUAUUUAAGGAGGGCGGGCCGAGAAGGCAUGGAUAAUAACGAGAAAGACAGUGAAAAAAAGAAUUGUCGCGACCAAGGCCAUUGAUAAGCGCGCACAGUAUGUAUCGUCAAGUUAAAAUGUCAAUGAUCGAAUGCACAAAUGACUCUCAACUUGACACGUUUAAGGCGAGUGAAAUCAGCGACGAAAAUUUUUAAUAAUUUAAUUUGCAUUGUUUCAUUCCUUUUCUUCCAAAUUUUCAACAAACGAUUUUUAAAUUCGGGAUAUAUAUAUAUAUAUAUAAUUUUUUUUUUUUCAUUGCAGAAAUAUAGAGCGUUCAUGAUUCUGCGCUUUUUUAUCGCAUUUUUAAGAAUUAUUAUUUAUUAUCUUUUAAGCGCUAAAUAUAUUUUACAUAAAUUAUAGAUAAUUAAUGACUGAACACGAUCUCGGACGCUUUUGAAGAGUAACAAGAGUGCAAAGAGAAUUAAUUUCAUUAAUAUAAGUCAACUUAGCAUAAUUGUAAUCAGUGCGUGUGAUUUUACAUUUUGAAAAUUUGCACGUAUUUUCCAUAAUGUGUAUAUUAACAAUUGUCGCCGGCUUCACUCGUGCGAGUGAAAAUGUUGGUGUUUAAGCUAUAAAUGCUUAUAAAUGCGCGUGCGGAAUGACUGCAAAUUAACAUUUAUAAACAUUAAUUAAUAAGUAUCACGAUACCGAUACGCGAAGAAUUCUAUCUUCCACGGUAUUCUUCACUUUUAAGCGUCGCUUCGUCCUGCCUUCGAUACCUAUACAUAAGUGAGAUACGUGAGAAAGAAUCGUAACAUUCGCGCGUAAAAUUCGUAACAUUAGAGACCAUGAUCGAAUUAGGACGAGCGACUUGCACGCGAUACAUGUGGUUUUCUAGUUUAAUGGUCAAAUGUAUAUUCAGAUAAAAUUUUUGGAUCCAUCGGUAUUCCAAUAAAACUCGCGCAAGACGAAAAGCGAGCAAAAGCGACUGUUGUCAUGUAAGAUAAAAUAUGCCGAUAAUUACCCGAAUGCGCAAAGCAUAAUCGAAUACGAGGCGCGAAUGGGGAACGUCGAAACUGUCUAGCUUUUACGUAAGAGAGGAGGGAACUGUUUGAAAUCGAUAUACAUAUAUAUAUUUGAAUUUCGAUGAUAGAGAUAUGUGAAAACGAUCUCUAUGUUUACUCUUGGCAUGGAAAGAAUGAUGAAAGAACAGAUCAGUAUGACAUACAUUUCUUGCAGCAUCGAACAUUGAACUCGAUGAAAUUAUUGUUGCCGAAAAGAGAGCGCAUGCGAGGAUAUAUUAUGCGAAUCAUAAGUCGCCGUUGUUGGCAUGCCGAACUUUACCUCGAAUUGUGAUAUGUUGUGCUGAAUGAUUGCGUGUGAAUCAAACAGCGUCCGUCAACAGCCAUCGACUGCCAAACCCUCGAGAUUUCUCUCAUAGAUUCCUCGCAGCGUGCGUUAGGAUUCGGAGCUUACGGGCGGGCGAGAAAGAGAGAGAGAGAGAGAGAGCAGCUCGUCGUUGUAUAAUCACUGUGUUUUUCACAAACAUCUUUUUGAAUUCUUUUAAUGUGGGGCCGAGAGAAUUUGCGAGUAUUUGCGAUUUAUAUUUGCUAACCGUUGUCAACCGUUAUUUACAUACCUACAUGAUGACCACUAUCUUAUUCGGUGCUGAGGAAUCUCAGUGGCAGAGCAAUACUCUUUCACACAAUUUUAUCAUUUUUUCGAGAUUAGACCUAAACAUUCCCCAAUUUUUUCCCUUUGUCUAUUCUUUUAUGCAAAUAAUUCAUUUCAUUUUUUCGCACAAACGCAAGAGCGAAAGCAUGAGAGCUGUAAUGCAACGUGUAAGCACCGAAGGAACGGUUUACAAACGGUUUACUUUUCUGAAAGUGGACGAGACGAGCUCAAGGACACCGCGAAGUUUAUGUAAUAUUUUAAGCGAAUGAGAUGAAGAGCGACAAAACUACUUUGUAUCGAAAGAUACGUUCUUUUAAUUAUAGCGAAAGCGCAAAUUACAGCGAGCACCGAAUAUGGCUACUACUUCGUUUCGUAAGACGUAUCUUGAAAAUAUUUCUAUGUAAAUGAAUGACAAAACAAUAAAAAGAGUAUACGCUGUACAAAUCUUUAUUUCUCACUUUUUUAUAAUUGUAUAACGAAAUAAAUAAUGAAACUUUUAUCGAGUCAUCGUGAGAAAGAUUAACAGAAAUGAAAUAUUGCAACACCUCACGGAAAUGUAAGUGUAACUUUUUCUCUAUUUAGAGAAGCGAAUUGGAAACUGAUAGAUUUCGAGUUUGCAUGUUUUUACGCGCGCGUGUAUCGUGUGAAUGAAAUAUUUCUUGGAGCUAUUUUUAGACGGGCGUCAUCGUCGUGCGCUAUCUACAACUGAAAGUUCGAAGGCAAUCGCCACGUUUGUUUUUUAUAUGAUCUAGAAGAAAAUAUCAAGGAUUUUUAAUUGUAAUCAAAUAUCGAUUAUGUUAUCAAAUAUCGAUUAAAAUAAUAUGAAUAUGUUAUCAAAUAUCGAUUAAAAAUUUCAGGGAUUCUAAGUAUGCGUGUAUAAUUACGUUUCAAUGUAACAUAAGUGAAUAAUAUAAUGUAGUGAUAUAAACUGAAAUUCAUAAACGAGAGAAAUAUAGAUAAAACAAAGCCAGCACAAGUUUCAAUCUUGAGAAAUUAUAUUCAAAUUAUAUAUUCAAUAUAAAAAAGAUUGUAAGAUAAUAUACAUCGCAUUUAUCCGGCUCAAUUCGAACAAAUUGCUCCGGUAUGGUAUUUUUGUUUUAUUCAACGAUCAAUUUUCAACUGUAAUCGCGAUUAUUCGGUCUUGUUUAUGCUAGGUUAUUAAAUCUAACAAUAAGUUCAAUAUCUUACGAUCCAAUAUCCGAUGUGACCGUGGCAUCGCAACUAUUUACGACGAUGAUGGAGCUUACAUUGCGUCAUCGACAUACGCUUAUUCAAUCUCCAAUCUUUUACAAUUUGUUUUAUUACACAAUUAUUUACAUUUACAUAAUUUAUCGUAAAUUUAUGUUAUUCAUAUUUGAUAGUCAAUAUAUAUAUUUAAAGACCGUGCGUGACUUACAAUCAGAUUGUUCAACUAUUUCAAGAUCUAAAUGUUACAAACGGAAAAAAAUUAAUAAAAUUUAAUAAACAAUGAAAAUAGUGUUUUAAAAAUUUCAAUUUUAGAAGAUUUUAUUGAAAAAGGUAAUUUUUCCAAAUCUGUCGCUGAAAUCUCUAUUGCGUUCUCUAGUCGUGAAUUGGAAAAUUAAGCCUUGUUUUUGUAGAAAGCCAUUACUGAUUUUAUAAAUCAUUAAUUUUCUCUAUAAUUUUUCCACAAGUUGUUGAAAUUUAUCAAAUAUCUAUAUCUUUAUAAAAAAAAAGGAAAUCACUAUAAGUUCUUAAGAUAUAAGCUGGGCAUUACAUAUUAUUCAUAACGUACGUUACAAUAAAAAACAGUGGUCCAAAAAUUGCCCGGUUCUGCAUCAGCAUCGAAAAGAUGUCACAGGGGACACAGGAUGGCUACGUAAUGUCUACGAUUGCACAUGUACGUGCCUUUUAUAAAACUAUUUCUUUCGUCUCUACAGUUUUUACAGGGCUUUUUGCAGAAAAUAUUUUUUUCCUUUUAAUCUGUUAUAAAUACAUCUAUUUUAUUUUAAGUGCGAAAGACGUAAUGCAAUACUUCUUAAAAGAAUGGAUCUUAUUCUAUGUGUCAAGGUAGCGGAUGAUGAUUCGUCGCGAGGUCAACUACUGGGUGAGGUGGUGCUGCACAACGGAUCGAUAUAAGACCGAGGUAUACUACACCAGCGAAAUAUAGGACGAAUCAGAAACUUUAAUACUUUUUUCAGACUAAAAAAUAUAAAAAAGUAAACGCUGUCAGAAUGAAGAAGGAAAAGAGCCAUUUGGAUUUACAUUUUCAAAAAUACAUUACCGAUUAUUCAAUUCCGAUCUCUGAUUCUGAGAAAUGUUUAAUUAAUUCGUAUAUUGAGAGUUUAAUCUUUGUAUAUGAAGUAAUAUCUAUUUAAAGUGUUUCCAAUAAAGAUGAUGAUUAGCGUAAUUGAAUCCUGUUUUUUUUUUUUAGUAGGACGCAAAGACACUUUCUUUAUGGCAAUAAUUGUCUCUCUUGUGAUGUGAUUCUGUGUAAUUCUGAAUUGUCCUAUACGAAGUCAACCCAUGAGGGUUGCACGUGAUUUGUGCGAACGUACGUCUAUAUCUCUGCAGAAUAUACAAGAUAAAAUUUCAACUUACAUUUAUAGAACGAAUUUUCAAUUUCAAAUUCUAAUAAGUAUGUACGUAAUAUAGUUAAAAAAUUCUUAAAGAUACUAGAUUAACAAAUAAAUUGACUCAUUAUUUUAAUACGAAAUUGACUCACAAUCAGUUAAUGUGAAAGUCUAAAAGAUCGCUAUACAUCAAUAUGAAAUAUCCAAAAGAAUAUUUCAUUGAAAAAAAAAUCGAUUCAAAGCGGAUUAAAAGCGAUUAAAAAAUAAUUGAAUGGUACACUUAAGGCUAUUUAAUUAUUAUAAUAAUAUUAUAUUAAUUAAUAUGAACAUGAUACUUAAUAUUGUUUUAGAUGCAGAAUGUAUGUAAACGAUAUUUUAUUACCUCCAAGAUUCUUUCUUCCUGAUCGUGAUGACGUCUAAUAAUCUUAUCCUGGGGGAGGUGAAGCGCGAGGUGAAGGACUCGCAUUGUCAGUGGCACGGGGUGGCUCGAAGGGUGCUCGAAACCCGAACGUUAUAGACGGAUUCUGGCGGGGGUUGCCCCACCGAGUCGACUGAGCGAGUCUGUGUCGUGUCGAGCCGACAGAAUCGGCCGAUUAAUCGAAAGUCAGACUGCCGCGGACCGUCGCGUCGCUGUGACGCGCGACGCAGUGACGCCGGCGUUGCAAACCAAGAGUACGAAGCGUCCAUUUUCCGCGAGGAGGUAGGCGUCAUCAUAUCGCGUCAGUCUCGUCAUUGUUAUCGUUAUUGUUCUAUACUGUCCAUCGUACACAAUCGAUAUCGAUUACGCUUUUGAUUUCUCAAAAGUUACAAUACUUUACAUAGACAGAUAGCAUCCCGAAAAUAUUACGUACUUUAUUGGUAACCGAUGACCAAUAAAGAGAUUGUUAUUAAGAUGACGAGAGAUGAAAGAAGCAUGCGACUUUUAUGAGUCCAAUUGAAGGAUUUCAAUUUUGAUUUCUCAAUCAAAUAGUUGGAGGUUGCGGAUCCAACUUGAAGACCGACAACCCCUACGUUCAUGAAUGGCUGGUCCAGUUAAACGUUCAUGGAAAGAUAUGGGCUAGAAAUCGAUGGCCAGGUCUGAUUGGAUAGAAGGUCGCAGAUUUUCGAAGCGGAAGCGAACGCACGCUAGAUAUUAUAUAGGCACGCGAGUAGACGACGACGACGACGACGACGACGACGACGACGAUGAACAUCACGGUUACCAGUGCCGUGUAGCGUGGCCAGAGGAGCCCAGGGUAUAUGUGCGGCGUAUUAAUAGCCAAGUAUAGAGCAGUGGUGGGGCCGCGGUUGCUCGCGGGUGAAAAUAGAAAAGAAUGUUUUUGGAAUCCAAUUGGACUUGGUUGGCAGAACGAUGGGGCAAUAUGGCCGACUUGGCCGAGCGGGUGGAUGAUCUGAUAUGCAGUUUCGACUCGACUGGUGAAACGACCAUGGAUACGCUGUCGAUGCUGAUAUUUGGCUGGAUGUUGUUUGGUUUGGUGGUGUUGUGCGUCGGCAAAUAUGUGUACAAUCGUUUUGUGCUGAAUGAGCUCACCGCCGCCGCUACCGCUGGUUCCGUCGCUUCAUCAUCACAGCUUGGCAAGGAUGGUCAUGCCCGUCAUGACGAGAGUGUCGUGACGACAAGUACUGCUAGUUCCAUCGUUGGAAAACUAUUCGACAAAUCCAAAUCGGUGUCACCAUCGUCAACGUCUUCGUCAUUGCUCGCGAGGGCUGGUACCGGUGGUGCAGGUGGUGGUGGUGGUGGUGGUGGUGGUACCGUUAGUGUCAGCGGUGGCGGCGGUACCAUUAAUGCUACUACUGCUGUUGCUGCUGCUGCUGCUGCUGCUACUGGUAGUAGUAGUGGUACCGGUGCGAUAGCAGGUGCGAGAGCCCCGUCGCCAGGCUACGUGCCACCCACGCCGCCGAUCAGGAAACGUUUGACCCGGAAGACUUCCGGUGCUCUCAUCAGUCCGUCCCGAAGUUCCAGAGCGCUGCAUCUUCCGACCGCGACCGGUGCGGAUGCUGAGGCCGUGCGCUGGGUCAACGAACUAAUCGUGUGGCUUCAUCACGAUCUUGUCAUCCUCAACGAACUCUUGGCCACUUGGGUAGUUUCCCUUAAUGAUUUCUCCGCCGGCUCCACCGACGAGCAUGGAGUUGGUGUCGAAUUUGUUCGAGUACUUCCAGAGACUUAUCCGCCAACCUUGUCAAAUAUCUUCUGCGAAUGUGAUUCGAAAAACGAUGUGACUAUUACUUGCGACUGCGAGGCUACUCCAGCUUUGCAGCUGAAAGCAUUUCGGCAACGAGGAGAUAAGGUGGAGAUUAAUCAUUAUCGAGUCAAUGUCAAUCGUUUCCGCGCUCGUCUAAACGUCGUCUGCAUCACCGAGAAGCUGCUGGUCGAUCUGAAAUGCGACGGUUGGCCAGAGGUAAAGAUCUCUCUAGCAGCGGUGGGCACAAUAAAGAAAGACUUGGACGAAAGCCAAUUGCAAGAAGUGGUAACAGAAAUUGUGGUGGGUGCCCUGCGAGGCACCAAUGUUCACCUCAAUCUUUCUCAAUAUCCCACAUGUCCUCGAUUAUGGAGAGAGCCGCCUCCUCAGCCAGGCUUCUCAUAUCCUACACAUUACGACGGUGUAAAUGCCUCGAAUUCAAUGAUACAUCAGCCACCACAUCAACGCCUUCAAGGAUAUCCCGCAUCCUCGUCUGCUCCAAUGCAAUACGUGCCUGGCGAGAGGCGUUUGCUCGUGAAAGUUGUAAGGGCUAUCGACCUCGGAGGUCAACAAGGAGCCGUGGAGCCUUACUGUGUCGUGGAGUUGGAUGAGCCACCGCAAAAAAAUCAAACCUCUAUAAAGAAAGACACGAAAAAUCCGCUAUGGGAUGAGGCGUUUUUAUUUGAUAUAAGUCACAAUACGAGCGAAGUGUUAUUGGAGGUGUUCGAUCAUGUACACAAAAGUCAAAGAUUCUUGGGGCUAGGAAUCGUAGGCGUCGAGGAACUUCUCAUGAAUCCAAGUCAACGACAAAUUAUACCUCUUCAAGCACGGCCAUACGAGGAUGAUGACAUUACAGGCACCCUCACGGUGGAGUUUCUGUUUAUCGAGGGUGCGGAAGUACCGCAAAUUGGGACCAAGCCUUAUAAAGUCAAGGAGACGAUAAAGCCUAUCUCGCCAAGCCGGUCUUACAGCCAAACAAAUGUCAUCAGCAGCAAUAGUCUGAACUAUAACAACGACUACUUGACAAAUGGCAACGUUGUGGAUUCACCCUAUAAAAGCGGACAAACAAAUAGUAACAAGGGAACCUUGAUUGUACAUAGUCAGCAAAGGCAACCAGAGCGACAAAUUGUUAAGGUCGCUCUGACGGAGACUGGAAACUGGCAAGAGAUAUCCCCGGACUAUGGAACAAAAGAUGUCAAUGCUAUCUCGGGACCAGAAAGCACGCCCAAUUCCUCUAAUUCGGAAGAGAGAGGAAGAACACGAAGAAAACGACGUGAUUUCUUUGGUACUAUAAAGAAGCGACUGAGUCGAUCUAAAACGAGAAGUAAAUCAGUGGGUCCUGAAGAAAUCAAUCACGAAGACGCUCAUUCAAGAUCUAUAUCCGCUGAUAGAGCUCACGAUCCUGGGUCUGCUCAUCUGUCGGUACCAGAGCAAUCGAGACGAUCGAGUUUGAGCGAAGCCUCGGGUAUAAGCGGAACAUCCACAAGAACAUAUGUCAACGAAGCUUCCACGCUCGUUCUCGAAACUUUGGAGAACGGUAUAAAAAAACACUACCUCGUACCACUUUCCCUCGCACAGAAAAGUAAAUGGAGAAAAAAAGGGACAAAACUACACAUAUUUAAUGAUCAUACAUUUAUCGCCAAACACAUGGCAGGAGGAACAGUUUGCGAAGUAUGUAAAAGAACUCUCGCACGAAGGCUCGGUAAGCAGGGCUAUGAAUGCAGAGACUGUCAGAUGAAGUGUCAUAAACACUGUCAUGUGAAAGCCGACAUCACAUGUCCCACAUCCACUAUCCAGAGCAUCGAGUUGAUGUGCAUCAAGGUUCCGCCACUCGAACGAAAGCCUUCUAUACUUCUGUGUUCGCGAUAACGUUGUCGCAUUAUACGAUACGUUACAUUUCGGACAUGCGACUUAUUUUUUAAUACAAGACAACACAACGAUGAUGUAAUCCAAAAGUUUCUGAAAGUUUUAUGCCUUUCACAUUUUAGUUCUUCCAUUUUCGAGAUGAAAAGCGAUAAUUUAAGCUAUGUAUUUGUCAAUAUUUGACAAACACAUACAGUUAUUUUACGAAAAGAGUAUGCAGUACGUUUCUAUUCACGCUAAUGAAAGUAGAUCUUAAAAAUUUGUUAAAUUUAAUUUAAGAUACAAAUUACGUGUCCUACAAAUUACGAAUUAUUGUUUUGUAAAAAGCAAGUGAACGUUAUACAUACAAACGUUAAGAUAAAAAUUUAUUCUGCAAAGUUAAAAUCCCUUUAUCUUUGCAAUACGAUGGUCAAAUUUUGCACAAUUAAGAAUUAAUUAUCAUUUUUACUGCGCUUUAAUCUUAAUAUUUUAUAAUAUUGAUCGUCACUUCUUCAGCGUGAUAGAAAAAUUAAGAAUUUCGACUCUGAAGUGAGAGUUUGAAAAAUAUGUAUUAUCGUAUAAUAUGCAAAACUUACAAGAAACAUCUUUGUCGUAUCUUUACAACAAUUUUCAAGCUUUCUUGUUCUCCCAAUAAUGAUGUAGUGAUGUAAGCUUGUGCUUCGUCAUUGACCAUCGACCAGCAUCUAAUUUCUUCCGGAAAAAGAUCGUCGAGUUAAAUUCAGUUAUGUUAUCUUUUUAACCAAAAAUGCGAUACAAUACACAACUACAAUAAGAUAUAUACUGUAAAAGAGUAUGUGCAAUUACAUGAGCAACAAAUGUAAAAAUCUUACGAUUUAUUAUAUUAUGGAAUUGUGUAUACAUUUAUGUACAUGAAAGCGUAUUUUGCAAAGAAUGAACGAAUUGAAACUCUACUGUUUGCAAGAUGCGCGCCACGUAUGUGGCGUACGUGCGGUGCAUGGUGUGUAUAUUUCGCCGAUAACUGCAUAAAAUAAUUAAUAAAAUAACAAUAUUAAAAAA